CCUGCACACACCCCAACUCGUGGUAUAUCCAUGUGUGGCUCCAUCGAUCGUAUAAAUACUCGAGAAAAAUCCUGUUUUUUCAAGCUCUUCAACAUUACUAUCCCGUGUAAGAUGUCCGUUGAAAAGUUCCUUUUUACCUCUGAGUCCGUUGGUGAAGGCCACCCUGACAAGAUCUGCGACCAAGUGUCGGACGCCAUUCUUGAUGCUUGUUUGGCAGUGGAUCCAUUGUCCAAGGUUGCUUGUGAAACCGCAGCCAAGACUGGGUUGAUCAUGGUUUUCGGUGAAAUCACCACCAAGGCCCAAUUGGACUACCAGAAGAUCAUCAGAGACACCAUCAAGCACAUUGGCUACGACGACUCCGAGAAGGGUUUCGACUACAAGACCUGUAACGUCUUGGUUGCCAUUGAACAGCAGUCUCCCGACAUUGCCCAGGGUUUGCACUACGAGAAGGCCUUGGAAGAGUUGGGUGCUGGUGACCAGGGUAUCAUGUUCGGUUACGCUACCGACGAAACCGACGAGAAGUUGCCUUUGACCGUGUUGUUGUCCCACAAGUUGAACGCCGAAUUGGCUUCUGCCAGAAGAUCUGGUGCUUUGCCAUGGUUGAGACCUGACACCAAGACCCAGGUCACUGUCGAGUACCAGAAGGACGGCGGUGCUGUGAUUCCUUUGAGAGUCGACACCAUCGUCAUCUCCACCCAGCACGCGGAGGAAAUCACCACCGAGAAGUUGAGAGAGGAGAUCCACGAGCACAUUGUCAAGAAGGUGAUUCCUGCCCACUUGUUGGACGACAAGACCGUGUACCACAUCCAGCCAUCCGGAAGAUUCGUCAUUGGUGGCCCUCAAGGUGAUGCUGGUUUGACUGGUAGAAAGAUCAUUGUCGACACCUACGGAGGCUGGGGUGCCCACGGUGGUGGUGCUUUCUCCGGUAAGGACUUCUCCAAGGUCGACAGAUCCGCUGCCUACGCUGCCAGAUGGGUCGCCAAGUCGUUGGUCAACGCACACUUGGCCAGAAGAGCCUUGGUUCAAUUCUCGUACGCCAUUGGUGUCGCCGAGCCAUUGUCCAUCCACGUCGACACUUACGGUACCUCCAAGUACUCCUCUGAAGAGUUGGUGGCCAUCAUCAAGAACAACUUUGACUUGAGACCAGGUGUCAUUGUCAAGGAAUUGGACUUGGCCAGACCAAUCUACUUCAAGACUGCUUCCUACGGGCACUUCACCAACCAAGAAAACCCAUGGGAACAACCAAAGAAGUUGAAGUUCUAAUUUCCGAACGUGAAAAACGGAGUUUCUUCUAUUUUUGUUCCACCUAUAAUACUUAUUGAUUAAUGUAAUGACUCAAACAGACGAAUUCGAAGUUCUUCGUCAAAGGGCCAACGCUCAACUCGUUGGUUCUAAUUAUGAAAUUUUUAUAUCAACCAUUCCCCCACAUUCACCGACAACCUACCAAACUGAAUCAUCUCCAUUCAAUUGUUUAAUUGUGUUAAUAGCUUAUACUUCAAAACUGGUUUACCUCAUCUUUGUUACUUAUAUUUUUUUGAAAACGAUAGAGUUUUUUAUUGCAUUAAUUAGGGUGUCCUCAACGGACAAUUAAGGUUAUUUCUAGACUAGAUUUAAUAAAUUU